AAAGUCACCAUUGGCAUUGCAAUAUUGUUGGCCAAAGCCUCAGGUAAAGAGGCAAAGCUCAUGCAGGCAGGCGCCAGUGCAAUGUGUACAUAGAGGCUAGACUCGGCUAGGCAGGAACUCUGAUUGACAGAGGAACCACCACCUGGGUGCCUUCCAUGCAGCGCUGCAGUGCUGGGGGCCACGCAAUGCAACAUCUGAGAACAGGAGGCUGAGAGGAGACUUUCGAGAAUUGUUUGCUUCUCUGAGAGGUAGCCUGGACUUGUCGCAAUGUCCAGACUGCCAAUGUCAUUGGCGUCAAUACUAGCGGCGCAGAUCCUAGAAGGAUGAACUAGCGCUAGGCUUUCUCUGAGGCCCUAAUUCCUCAACCUGAGAAAUGGAUGGGAGUAGCAAGCAUCCCAAGCAGGUUCUGAAAGCUAAGUUUUGCAGCCCCUUUCAGAGAAGCGACCCAAGCAAGAAGGCAGCAGCAGGGAAAGGAUUAGGCUUGGCAGCUUCAGAUCAGCAGCAAAAUGAUGAGCAGGCGCCCAUGAAUCAAUGUGCAACCUCUGCACGUCCUACAGCACUACGUCCACAUCAGAAUACCUCUAGUGAUGCAAUUGCAGGAGCUCAUCAAAACACGAGCACCACUACUGGCUCCAAAUCAAAGCCCUUCAAAGCUCCUGCUAAGGUUCAGCAACCAGCCUUAGGGAAGGAGAAUAAAAAGGAUGGAGCCAGCUUGGGCUCCAAACCCACAGCAGCCCGGAAAGAAGAAAGUGGUGCCACAAGAGCAAGCUAUUAUACCUGCCUUUACUCUGCCAGAUCGUCAAAGAAAAAGAAACCGUCACUGCAGGAUGGUGUACUCCAAGUCCUAGAUACUAAAUGCUGCCUGUACGGCCACGAUGGCAAGGUCGUGGGAAGGACAACAGCAAAAGCUUGCACUGACAUGCCUGAGGGGGCAACGUUGGAGAUUGGGUCAUGGGAGCUUGAAAUCUUUGGACGACUGCCAGCUUCUUCAUACUUGGAUGGCAGUUGCUUCAUAGGAGUUUCCGGAUCCAGUGCAAGUGAAGUGAAAGACAACGAGGGGCCAAACUUCGUCCCGAAGCCUGCAAAGCCCUUCAAAAAGGGGCUCCAUUGGAAGACUGAUGCCCAAAAGUCGAGUCAAGCACAAAUCGCAGUUUGUCGCUACACCCUUGAUGAGGCUUCUACAGUGCUCGACAAGCACGAAUCUGGAGGCAGAACCUGUACCAUUGUGGUUGAUCCGUUCUUGGCGAGCAAACUACGGCCACAUCAGAAGGAGGGGGUGCGCUUUAUGUACAGGUGCGUCAUGGGACUUCAGACUGCAACAUCGUCAGGAUGCUUGCUUGCGGAUGAGAUGGGCCUGGGGAAAACGUUGCAGACUUUGACGUUGAUCUGGACCCUGCUGAAACAGGGACCCCUGGGAAAGCCAGCGAUUCGACGCGCAAUAGUGGUGUGCCCGUCAUCCUUGGUUGAAAACUGGGCGAGCGAGGUGAAGAAGUGGCUCGGACUGGAGCGUCUGAGAGCGCUGGCAAUCCAUGCGGGAACUGCAGCAGCGGACGCGAAGUCGAAGUUCGAUGACUUCACCAACGGCAACGUUUGGCCUCUCCUAAUCACAUCCUACGAGCUAGCUCGGAAGUACUCAGCGAAGAUUGCGGAGGCAAAGUGUGAGCUCCUGAUCUGCGAUGAGGCUCAUCGGCUAAAGAACAGCGCUGGCAACAAGACAAUUGAGGCCCUGCAGUCACUGAAGUGCCCGCGGCGAGUGUUGCUGAGUGGAACCCCAUUGCAGAACAACCUGAGCGAGUUCUUUGCCAUGAUAUCGUUCAUUGCUCCUGAGCUGCUAGGCACUUUGCCUACCUUCAAGCGCCUCUACGCCGACCCUAUCGAAAGAAGCAGAGACAGGACGGCGACGGACGAUGAGAAGCUUCUCGGAGAGGAGCGCUCCGCUGAGCUGCAGAAGCGCACGCAGCUCUUCGUGCUGCGGAGGACCUCGGAAGUCAACGCGAAGUACCUGCCUCCACGAACGGAGUACGUCGUUUUCUGCAACUUGCAGCCCCUUCAGCUUGAGCUAUACCAGACCCUUCUCCAAUCAAAGGUCGUCUCGUCUUUGCUCAUGGCCGGAACCGCGACGACUGCUCACUCGGUGCUCGCCACCAUCGGCCUCCUAAGAAAACUCUGCAACCACCCGCACCUGCUCCACCCAGAGCGGACACGUGGCAGCAUCGAAGACCAGGAAAUGGCCAAGAUGGACGGCCCCAUGAACGCCAGCGUUCCGCCUGAAGCAAUCACACUUCUGAAUGAAAGGCCCUGUGACGCGGCGGCCAGCUCCGAGCUGUCCGGCAAGUUCGCGGCGCUCAUGGCCAUCCUGCAAGCAGUCGCGGACCACAACGCGCUGAGCGGAGACAAGGACAAGGUGGUCGUCGUCUCAGAGUGGACGGCAACGCUGGACGUGAUCCAGGACGAGUGCACCCGGCGCUCGUGGGACUGUCUCCGCCUCGACGGCGCGACUGCCGUUGCGGACCGCCAGGGCAUGGUCAACCGGUUCAACGCGGGGCACUGCAACGAGACCAUCUUCCUGCUGUCCAAGAAAGCUGGCGGGUGCGGGCUGAACCUCAUUGGAGCGCACCGACUGGUCCUGUUCGACUCGGACUGGAACCCGGCCAACGACAAGCAGGCAAUGGCGCGCAUCUGGCGCGACGGCCAGGCGAAGCCGGUGGUGAUCUACCGCCUGCUGUCCCGGGGCACCAUCGAGGAGAAGAUCUACCAGCGCCAGAUUGCCAAGGACGAGGUUGCGGCCGAGGUCACUGGUGGCCAGGGGAUGAAGAAGAGCAGCAACAACCAGCGCCACUUCAGCAAGGAGGAGCUGAAAGAGCUCUUCACGCUGCGGACGGAUACAGCAUGCGACACCCGAGACCUCGUCGAGAGCUCUUCCUCCGGCGAAAACGGCAGCUGGCAAGACGCCUCCUCUGACGUCACCGACGCACCUCUGAGGGCAGCCAUCGAAGCCGGACAUACCUCAUUCGUGCGUCAUCAGGUCGACGAGAGCGAUCUCGCGGUGAAGGAGGAAGAAGGGCCGUCGGAAGCAGCAGAAGUGAAGCAGGCGGUUUCGCAGGACGCAAGGAGCGAUAGAAGCCCUGAGAGAAAGUCGACGUCGUUGCGGUUGCCAGCCCGUGCGACAGAAAGCGGGAAUGGAAGGCCCCAGAAACGCAGGAAGAAAGUAGUUCUCUCGGACAGCGAGCAGGAGGACUGCGCCGACGAGAAGAUCUUUAAAGAGCUGGACGAAGAAGACGAGUGAGCCUCAGGGAAUCUGGCGCGGGUGAUCGCACUGCAGACCCUUUCCAGGUCUCAAUUUCCUCACUAGUGGAGCGGCAGCGGUAGCCCAGUCUGCGAAAAUCUUAGAUUUCGCGACGGCACUCUUAUAUUUGAGAUGGCGUGCGCGAGAAUCAGACUCUACUCACAGACGCAACGUAUACAAAGUGCACUUCAGCGCGCGCACAUCAGCAGGCAGGCAUACGGUGAAGAUCGUUUGCAGCCAUACGUGCGGUAUAUAACGGGUACGGUACAUGAUGAUGAGCACCAACCACACCGGCCAAAUUGACGAAC